AUUCCAUUGGGUGGCAAAGGUGGGGAGGAGUGACAGGUGUACUUGUUGAUGUUUAACCUAAAAUGUUGGAUAUCCACGAAAAUCGUCGACUAAACCCCGAGGAGAAUGAGUAAAAGCAAAAUGAGAUGACAGGAGGAUGAAAUCAUCGCCUGGAGCUUCAAUAAUGGGCGGAAAAGGCUCCCCACGACUUCCUGUCCUUUCCAGUAUUUAUGAGGUCCUGAUUGUGUUGAUGGCUUCAUUCUGCUUUUUAAAUUCCUACGAUGGAGAUUUUGUCUUCGACGAUUCACCAGCUGUCGUCAACAAUCCGGACGUGUCGACGAGUCCCUUGGGGAAGGUUUUUGUUAAUGAUUUCUGGGGGAAUAGAUUGACUCAUAAACAGAGUCAUCGUUCUUACAGACCUCUGACGAUCCUGACGUUCAGGAUUCACCACUGGCUCAGGGGUCACCUGGAGCCCACGGAUUUCCACAUAAUCAAUUUAAUAUUGCACUCUGUUGUUUCUGUGUUGACACUUAUUGUUUUUAAAAAAUUAGUCAAGAGGAAGGAGAGAUAUUUAGCUUUUUAUGGUGCUGUACUUUUUGCUGUUCAUCCAAUUCAUUGUGAAGCUGUAUCAGGAAUUGUUGGAAGAGCAGAUGUUCUCAGUGCAAUGUUCGUUUGGCUUUCCAUUUUAUCCUACGACAAAACAAUUUAUUGCAAUCGUUUAAACCAAAUGUUCCUAUAUUUGUUGAUGUGCGUGAUGUUUAUAACUGCUGGAAUGCUGUGCAAAGAGACGGGAAUCACAGCAAUUGGUCUCUGCGUCGUCUACGAGUUUACAAAACUUCACGAGCAAAUUUCCCAGGGAUUGUGGACCCUAGCAGACGUUAGAUCGACAAUUGUUGACAAUUACAGAUUUAUUAUUCGUUUAUCCACGUUAAUUGUCACUGGAGUUGUACUGAUGGGGGUGAGAUUCAGUCUCAUGGGCUUUUCACCACCGACUUUCCAGGCUGUCGACAAUCCCACGUCUUUUUUACACACCUCUUAUCUACGUUAUCUGAAUUAUCAGUAUAUUUAUUCCCUCAAUCUGUGGCUUCUCAUCUGCCCCCACUGGUUGUCCUUCGACUGGUCCAUGGGCAGUGUUCCCCUGAUUAUUGGCUGGGACUUGAGAUUAUUUGCAAUUAUUGGCUUCUGGUGCUUUUUAUUACUGUUCGUCGUUGUCAUCCUGAGGACACCACGUCGAGACCAGUCCAGAUACAUCUUGACAGGUCUGUGCUUCUUGGUGAUUCCCUUUCUCCCAGGAAGCAAUCUCUUCUUCCCCGUGGGUUUCGUCCUGGCAGAGAGGACCCUCUACCUGCCCUCAGCUGGUUACUGUCUCCUCUUGGCUGUCAGCCUCCAGAAACUCUGUGAAAUCCUCUCGAGUCCGAAGCUUCCCCUCCUGAUGUACACAAUCCUGAUCAUCACCUGGUUCACCAGAUCCUGGAGCAGAAGUGCAGAGUGGAGGACUGAGGUCACUCUCUUUCGCUCCGCCCUGAAUGUCUGUCCACUGAAUGCAAAGGCACAUUACAACGUGGCGAAGAGUGCAGCUGACCUGGGGAACGUCAGUCUGGCAGAGAUAGAGUACAGAGAGGCCCUCAGGCUUCACCCUGAGUACUCCCAGGCGAUGAACAACCUGGGGAAUCUCUUGAAGGAUCAGGGAAGGUUCCAGGAUGCGGAACACCUGCUUAGACGAUCCAUCGAGCUCCAAGAGGAUUUUGCAGCGGCCUGGAUGAACCUAGGGAUCGUUCUCUCGGCAUUGAAAAAAUUUGAAGAGUCUGAGAGCUGUUACAUGACUUCAUUACUGCACAGACCUAAUUGUCCAGAUUGUUAUUACAAUUUAGGGAUAUUGUACAUGGAGCAGAAAAGAUACUCCAAGGCCCUCGUCGCCUGGGAGGAUGCCAUUUCCAGGAAGCUGAAGCACCGGAGAGCGUGGACCAACACUAUUAGACUCCUGGAUGACCUAGAAUUACCUGAGAAAGCGUUGGAGAUGGGGGAAAAAGCGAUGGAACUGUUCCCUGAGGACGCAUUAAUUCGCCUGAAUAUCGCCAACAUCCUGGGGAAACUUGGGAGAUUCCCAGAGGCUGAGGAGGAAUUCAGGAAUGCAUUGCGACUGGACCCCAGGAAUCCAACGAUUUUCACGAAUUUGGGUGUUCUCUACCACCGAUGGCACAAGUACUCCACAGCGGAGGAGAUGUACAUGAAAGCCCUGGAGAUAAAUCCUGGAGCUCAGAGUGCCCUUGACAACAUGAAGAAACUCCAGAAUUUAUUGAAAAAGCAGAAGCUCAAAGUUUUUUAAUAAAAUCGUUUUAUUCGCAA